AUGGCUCAAAAUGCUGAAAACACGUCAAAUUCUUCAUCCUUAAACAAUUCAUCCUCAAAUAAUUCGAAUCUUCCACUUACACAAAAUCCUGCUAGUGUGUACUUCAUACAUCCGUCUAAAAAUCCAAAGAGAGGAAUUGUCAUUGCUUUAGCAUGUAAAAACAAGUUAUCCUUCAUUGAUGGAUCACUUGCUAAACCUUCUGAAAAUGAUCCUGCUUAUGCUGCAUGGGAGAGGUGUAAUGUUAUGGUUACUUCCUAUAUUCUGCAUUCUCUGGAUACUACAAUUGCUAGAAGUGUCAUUUAUUUCACUAGUGCUAGAGAAAUAUGGAGAGAUAUUGAAAAGAGAUAUUCAUUGACUUUUGGAGCACAAUUGUUUUCUGUACAACAGACUUUACAUGAGUUAUCCCAAGGCAGUAUCACUGCUAUUGCAGAAUUUUUCACUGAAAUUAAGGCAUUAUGGGAUCAACUUAAUGGUAUAAAACAUAUUCCUGUUUGUACUUGUACUGGUUGUACAUGUAAUAUUACACAACAAAUUCUUCAACAACAACAAGAAGAAAGACUGAUUCAAUUGCUCAUGAAAGUGGAUACAAAAUAUCCAAAUGUGAGAACAAAUAUAUUGAUGAUGCAGCCUUUGCCAAAUGUAUCAAUGGUAUACAUAUUGUUAGUUCAAGAAGAGAAAAAAAGAAGUAUUGUUUCACCUGGAGAUAACCAUGCUAUGGCUUUUGUGUCUGAGGACAGAAAGUUUGAGUCUAAAGUUGUUGUAUAUAAACCUCCUCACUCUAGUUCUUGGAAUAGGAACCAAAAUUCUAAUAGGGGAGGCUACAAUGGCUAUAAUGGUGUUAGGAGGAAUUUAUAUUGUGAACAUUGCAAGAUGAGUGGGCAUACUAUAGACAGAUGCUAUAAAAUCCAUGGCCAUCCUUCUGCUUUUAAGAAUGGUAAAGGGAAAAGGAUUGCUGCUAUUGUAUAUGGAGAUGAUGAUGAAGAUGAAGGUGGUACAACUACUGAACCUGCACAACUCACUGCUGAACAGUACCACAAACUUGUGCAGCUUGUUCAAGAUCCUAAUUGUUAG